UUUAGAAAUGGGGUGGAUAGCUUUUGGAAGGAAUUUGAUGUGCUUCUGAACAUACUGAUGGAUUCUUAAGUGGUGCUAAGAUAGUCAAUGAGAAAUGCAGAGCUUGGUUGAAAAGUCCAAGCUUGGAGCAAGGAGGAAGAGAGAAGAAAGGAGGAGGAAUUUUGUAGUGACGUUGUCAGCAUGAAUUAACUUUGAUUUUUUCUUUGACUGUAGACUAUGGAUCCUUGUGAUGGUGCAGAAUCGGAGCCUCAACAAUGCCCGUCCUUGGAUCUUAAAGGUGGCUGCCCAGGCGCCACGCCUCUGCAGAGGCGGCUGGAGUCGGUGAGGAGGCAGUCCGCCCCGUGUGUGCCGCCCACGCCGCGCAGGAGGAUCCCCCAGUGCUCGCAGCUGCAGGAAAAUGUUGAUCCUCAAAAGGUUGCAUUCCUUCUGCAUAAACAGUGGACUUUAUAUAGUUUAACUCCCCUGUAUAAAUUUUCCUAUUCUAAUCUCAAGGAGUAUUCUAGACUUCUGAAUGCGUUUUUUACUACGGAAAAGCAAAAAGGACUUGCUGUGGAGGUGGGCGAAGACUUAAGCAUCACCGUGACCUUCUCUACCCUGCUGGGAGUGAGAGGGACGCAGAGGGACCCUGACGCACUGCUUGUCCAGGUUCUUUCCAAGUCUGCGUUGCCGUCGGCGGGCCGAGCAGGGAAGGUGCUGUGGACCGGCUGGCUGUGCUGCGUGUGCGGAGACAGCCUGCUGAGGGCCGUCUCCCAGGACUUCACGUGUCUGCCCUUACUCCUUGCCAAUGGAGCAGAGUCGAAUACAGCCAUCAUUGGAACUUGGUUCCAGAAAACUUUUGACUGCUACGUCAGUCCUUUAGCGAUCAGCGCUUUUAAUCUUUCCUGGAUGGCUGCCAUGUGGACGGCGUGUAAGACGGACAGCUGCGUUGCCACCACUGAGCUCCUGUGGUCCGUGCCGUGCAGCCCCCAGAGUCUGGACAUUUCCUACGCCAUCCACUCCGAGGAUGCGAGAGCUCUGUGGGACAGUGUCCACAAAACGCCCGGGGAGGUGACCCAGGAGGAAGUGGACUUAUUCAUGCACUGCCUCGAGUCACAUUUCUAUAGACAUUUCCGAAUUCACUUGUCAGCUACGAAGCUGGUCCGUGUUUCAACAUCUGUGGCCUCAGCACAUACCGAUGGGAAGAUAAAGAUCCUCAGUCAUAAAUACCUUGUUGGCGUCCUGGCGUAUCUGACAGAACUGGCAGUGUUUCAGAUUGAGUGAGGGCCGUGAGUGUGGGGCGUGAGCCCUCCGCCCUGCCCCGGUGGCUUCCUGCCUCGCCACUGCCGUGCGGGCCUGCAGGAGCCACGGGGCCGCUCCGUUCUGAGUCGGAGUCUCCCGGACCGAAGCCACGAAGGACCGAGCCGACCACAGCCGUGACCGUGUCUGCGCUCUGCCACCCUCCGCAAAAGCCAACCUGCUCGUAUUUGCCAUGUUUCUUUUUCUUUUUUUAUGCCUAUUAUAUCAAACUUUUAGGAUUCAAAUGAGGUAUAUCUAGUGUUGGAUAUUUCUGCUUUGGGUCUCUGAAACCUUUAAUGUAUUUUAACCAUUUUAAGCCUGUGAGCAGAGAGUUUGUGUCUUGUGAAGACAUUUUUAGCAGUGUUGCAUUACAAGGAGAUGGCAGUCAGAAUUCCCUCCAAGGAACCAGAGACUGCUAUUAUCUCUUUAACCACUAAUGUACUUCUGUUUUUAAUACUGUUCCAUUCCUGUUGCAGUGUUAAAUUAAAUAUUCAAUUUUAA